GCUGUGCUCAAUUAAAUGGCGUUGAGUGAGUGUGAUGGGAAAAGAAGAAUGAUAUAAAUCUAGCAAUAAAGAUUAUAAAAGUUUUGACGAAUAUAAAUUUGGCUGUUUUUAUUAAAUAGGUUGGGAUUCUUUGAAUAAAUAAAAAUGAAGUUUACAAGAGCAUUAAAUGCACAAAAUUUGUAUCGAAUGACAAAAUUUAAUUGGUUUGCUCAUACAAAACGAAGAUUAGUUAUCUCCCCAGCAGAAGCUAAUGUUGCUUCUAGAGGGUUUCCAAUUGUUGAAGCAACAGACAUCAUAAAACCACCACCACCUCCCGAAUGUGAUCCCAGCCUUCUUGAGGGUAUAAUACCACCAGAACCCAUUAAAUAUAAUCCGACACAUCCAGAUUGGAAAGAAAUACCUUGCUUAAAAUAUGAUUCUAAUGACUUAUUAGUAUUGGGUUUGAGUCAAGCUCAAGUUGUGACUAAAACAUUAUUUAUUAAAAAUGCAUUGCCUGAUAAAAUUGAGGCUUUAGCUGAAAAUCCAAGUGAAAAUAUCCAGAACUUACUUGAAAGAAUUGUCUAUACUUCUAAUAUUUUUGAUGCGAUUCAAGUGAAAUUACCGAAAAGAAAGGAUCCUAAGAGACCAGCUUGGGUUUUUCCUAGAGAUUAUGGAAUACCCGAUGUGCGGAAAUCACGUAACAUGGUGGUAAGCAUGCUUCAUCUUUGUGAGUUAUUAAGUGGACCUUCAAUAUCACAACAAAGGCAAAUAAUCCAAAACGGAUUAAUAAAAGCAUUUAUUGAAAAAGAUGAUGAAGUAGUGAUGUUCAAUUCAACAAUUGAUUUCAUGAUUAUGGCUAAAAAUAGUUUGACACCAAUAGAUAAUCCAGAGAAUUUUUCUGAAAUCGCAUUACCAGAUCUAUAUCCAUUGAAUAGUCUUGCUGGUUUACAAAAAGAGCAUAUUUACCAAAUAAAUGAUUUAUAUCCGGUUGCAGCUGAAUCUCCAUUUCGAAACAUCCAUACAAUAUUUGUUUAUCACGAUGUAGAAAAAGUAAAAAAUUUAAGUGAACUACCAGUUACUCAGCAUCAAAUUGAGGGAAGAUUGUUGAUGAAAUCAUUUCUCGCAGCUGUUGCAAAUGCCAAACAAAAAUAUGGAGGCAGAGUUAAAGAUCUUUCAGAACCGAUAACGAUUCAAUGUAUUCAUAUAAAUCGAGGAUCAUUCAGUUUCUCAGUAUUCCAAUUGAACACUAUGGAUAUUCAUGGCACCAAUGAUAAAUGUAAUUAUUGGUGGUCUACACCACAAAUCAAUUUGUUUGAAAAAGCUUUGUACGAGAACGGUAUUCCAAUUAUGACAGGUUUUAAUCCUGAUGUGUUUAAAUACUUUUUAGCAUUUUAUAAAAAUAUGUAGGUCUUAAUUUUAUAAAUAAAACGUUAUAUCAAAUUU